AUGGAACGGCUGGUGAGAAAGGGCCCUCAGGCUCAUGGGAUCCAGCAGCAGGCGGCCCUGACUGCUGGCGGCGCUGGCAGCCCGGGAGCUGGAAUUGCUGUCCCGGCCCGAUCCUCGGCCUCUGGAGACGUUGCCAGCAUGCCCGCCCUGGAGCGCAAUCUGCUGCUGCUGUCGGAGGAUUUGGAUCUCGGAGGAGGUAAGGCCAAGGGAGGUAUCGGGGAUGGAGGUUGCGACGGACAUUUGGGUCCCGGCAGAGACAUGCUCUGUUACAGCGACGAGGUGGAAAAGGCGCUGAUCGAUCUGGAUCCAGAGACAGGCGACAGACGGCAGUUCAUGAUGACUGGAGAGGCGGCAGCGGCGGGCACAGCAGGGGAGGAUGAAGCAGCAGCGGUUGCCGUCGGGAGGGGGGAAGCGCGAGAGGGAGACGGCGAGGGAGGGAGGCAGGAGGAGGAGAAUCGGAGCUUAACGGGGAUGUCCACACUCACAGCGGCGCUCUCUCCCUGGCGCUGA